AAAAAUUAAAAAAAAAAAAUAAUAUAUAAAAAAACAAUAAAUGGACAAAAAAUCCCACAAACACGAAGACCACCCUUCCAGCGAAGAAGAAGAUGACGAUUUAUGUGACGAAAUAAUUAAAAGAAAAUCACAAACAGGUAAGACUCCAUCAAGUCGUUCAUCAGUAUCUGCGGAAGUAUUUGGACAAUUUAAUCCGAAGAAACCAUUUAAACCAAAAAUAAUACAGAAGCGACCAGAGUAAACCCAAAAAAUAACCUAAAGAUUACAACAAGCUUUUAUGUUUUCUGCAUUAGACGAGAACUAGCGAAAAAUAGUAAUCGAUGCAAUGGAAGAGAAACGUUUUAAAGCAGGAUAAACAGUAAUAUAAUAAGGAGAUGAUGGUGAUGUUUUAUAUUUUGUUGAUGAAGGAGAAUUGGAUUGUUUUAAAAUCUUCAAGAAAGGUGAUGCUCCUACAUAUUUGAAAACUUAUUAACCUUCCGAAUCAUUUGGAGAAUUAGCCCUUCUUUACAAUACUCCAAGGGCAGCUUCUAUUAUUUCUAAAACUGAUUCAGUAUUAUAUUCUUUAGAUAGAGAUACAUUUAAUAAUAUUGUAAAAGAUGCAGCUGCGAAGAAAAGGGAAAUGUAUGAAAAUUUCCUUUAAUCUGUUGAAUUACUCAAAGAUAUGGAUUAAUAUGAAAGAUCCAAAAUUGCUGAUGCUAUCAAAUCCACUACUUUCAAAUCUCAUUCUUAUGUGAUUAAAGAAGGCGAUAAUGGAGAUGAUUUCUUUAUGGUCGAGGAAGGAUAACUUCAAGCUUUCAAAAAUGUUAAUGGAGUCGAAACUCCUGUUAAAGAUUAUAAACCUGGUGAUUACUUUGGAGAAUUAGCUUUACUUAAAAAUUGCCCAAGAUAAGCUAGUAUUAAAUGUAUAACUGAUGUUAAAUUAGCUAGUUUAGAAAGAUAAGCUUUUAAACGAUUACUUGGACCUGUUGACAAUAUUUUGGGUAGAAAUGCAGAUAAUUAUAAAAAAUUCACUUAAUGAUUUUUAAGAUAAUUUAAAAAUAUAUUUUAUUGAUAUUUUUUGUUUGUUUGUAUUUUUUUUUUAUUUAUUGCUAUUUUUUAUUAUGUUAUUUAGCCAUUAAAU